CCUUUAUUUGAUCGAGGAUUCAACCUUGCCGUAUCACAGGUGUGCGUGAGAAGCCGGGCUGCUAGGGGUGCAUAGAGGGGCUUUUUGGGCGCAUCCAACGGUGACUGGCACACUGGGGUAAAUAUCCUCAGUGGUGGUAUUCUGUGUAUUGUAGUCCCGUUUCGGCCGGUGAACGUGUACUGACAUCUUCAUCCAUCAGCACGUAUAACAGGAAGCAUUGUUUGAUUGUGAAAAAAUAUUAUGCAGGCGUCGGAUGGAAUCGGUACACAAGUUGAUAUGAACUUCACACGGAAGUUGUCUCUUCAUAAAUAAAGCAGUCAAGUCUUUAAGCCCGCACCAACCCACCUGGACUUUUUUGGUGGAUCUAUGGAGGCUUUCCCACUCGAGCGAAUGGACAGUUCUGCAUAUGAAUCCUUCUUUUUUUGUCAUUCAAAUCUCGACGAAAUUGUGAGCCUUUUUUCCGUGUGAAAUGCGUGGGAGUGUUAUUAUUUAAUAUUUCUAUUUGCUCAGGUCGAGUUUGCAUGCCAGCAAACGGAAGUGUUUUCUUAACCCGGUAGCUGUGAAAAUCCCCCCCCCCCCAUUUGGAGCUACUCUGGCAUGGUAAUUUGUGCGGGACACCGUUCAUAAUGCGACCUUGUUGCAUGGAUUAAAAAUAGGAUACCUUGAAUUUCAGGUAUUUCUAUAACCCAUAUCCACGUCGGCUUGCAGAGUGCGAACCUGGAUUUCUGAUUCGACAAAUCCGAUAUUUUCUUUCACGCUUUUACACAGUUUGGGAUCAUAAAUCGCGUCAGAUGCCGAUACGUGCACCCAUUGUAGACUCGUGCGAAUUGUAUCCAGAUCAUUUUUGCCGAAAUCCAGCAAAUAAUAAGAAGAAUCUGGGAAGACAAGGGGAUCGUUAUUUUUCCACCGGAGCAACAUAGUGCAGCUUCUCGGUCUCAGCUAAAGUACGUUUUGCGAACAGAUAGGUAAUUGGAGGAGUUAUCAUCAUGUACGCCACCAUCUCUCGUUGGAUCGUCUCCACCAAGGCCUCCCUGCAUCUCCUCUCCUUGGCUGCCGUCCUCCUGGGCGCGGUGCUCGUCCUCGCCCACCGAUCCAGCUCCCGGCUCCGAGGCGCUAACGCCGCCCAGCCCCGGCCGAGUGGCAGGCCUCUGCCCGGCCCGCGAUCCUGGCCCUUAGUCGGCAGCAUCCCCGCCAUCGUCUGGUACACCAAGCACUACGGUCACCGGGCCUUCACGGAGAUCGCCCGGCGACACGGGGCCGUGUUCGGCCUGCGGCUGGCGCCCGGCCAGCUGUUGGUGGUGCUCAAUGACCGGAGUAGUAUCAGGGAAGCCUUCGUCAAGCAGGCCGCCAGAAUGAACAACAGACACCUUCAGGGGCUCGUCAAAGUGUCUUUCCCGGUUCAAGGCAGCCUGGCUUGGGAGAAUGGAGAGAUUUGGGCGGCCAGAAGAAAGUUCAUCCUGCGAGCUUUCCGCACGCUUGGGUUCAGCAAGAGCGGCAUCCUGGGCCAGCGGAUCCAGGAGGAAGCUGCGGCGCUCUGCCGAAGCAUCGACAAAUAUGGCGGCUCACCCUUUGACCCCCAGCACCUCUUGGAGUGCGCCACCUCCAACCUGUUCUGCGCCAUCGCGCUGGGCGACCGCUACGAGUACGAGAGCCCCACCUUACACUCGCUGGUGCGCAACUCCAAGAUAGUGCUGGACAACCUCUCGGCGGUCUCAAUCGGCAACUGCCUGCCGUUCCUCUACCACACGCCGGUCUGCCGCGAGUACCGGGACGCCGUGACCGGUCUGACAGACUUCAUACGGGACUUGGUCGACCAGCACAAGGUGACCUACAACAACUGCAAUCGACCCAGGGACGUGGUGGACCUGUACCUGGCUGAGGUCAGCCGGAGACAGGAGGAAGGGGAGGGGCUUAAGUUUGAGGAGGAGGAUGUGUGGAGGAGCAUGCUUGACAUCCUCAUUGCUGGGUCGUUCUCAACGGCCACGCAUGUCCUGUGGACGCUGCUGUUUAUAACUCAGUACAAGAGUGUCCAGCAAAGGAUUCACGACGAAAUAGACAGCGCCAUCGGCCGCGACAGGCUACCCUCUCUGGAUGACAGCCCCUUGCUGCCGUACACGCGGGCCACGCUGUUCGAGAUCCAGCGGUGUCGCAUCGCCACCGUCAGCGUGCCCCAUCUGGCUAGCGAGGACGCCGCUGUGGGUGGUUGCCUCAUCCCAAAAGGCGCCCAGGUCCUGGCCAACUUCUGGGCCUUGCACCACGACCCCCGGGAAUGGAAAGAGCCCGAACUGUUCGACCCUUGCAGGUUCCUAUCAAAAGACGAGUCGGCCGUUAUCAUGACGGAGAACUUCAUGCCGUUUGGCGUUGGUCCCCGUAUGUGCCCCGGAGAGCAGUUCGCUAAGCACCAGGCCUUCCUCAUCUUCGCGUCCAUCAUGCAGCGAUACAGGCUGACAAUAUCCCCGACAGACCCCACGCCAGACCUGGAGGGGGCGGUGUGCGGACCCGCCUUGCACCCAGAAGCCUUCCGGAUCUGCGCCCAGCUGCGAUGAGUUACGAGAUCACAGUGCUUGUAAAUACUUCCAGGUGACCUCACAGCCAUUGAAAUUGUCGAUUGAUAGCUUUGAUGCGGGACAAUUUUGGGACCGAAGGUAAUCAGAGUGACCUGCGAUUUGCUUGCGCGCAGCGACGUAACCGUCGGCAUCAAGCAGAAAAGUAAUGCACAGGUCACAAAACUAGGAAAUCGUGUGGUUCUCGUGGAAUCUCGACACAAAAUAAUCGCAACCAUGCCCACCUCACCCUCAACGCAACGACGAUUUCAUGGCAUAGACGCGAUCAUGUGACGUCUUCAAAGUGACGGUGCGCGUGCUGAUAACAAUCAAACGAUCUUCCACGGCCACGUCUGUUCAUUCAAACUUUUGUCGCACGCUGAUUGGCUACGUAAUUAUAAUGAAAUAAGAUGAUUCGGAUGAGCGCACGACGUCGUAACUUCGCACAGGUCGACUGCGAUUGAUUCCUGCCUGUCGUUGAAGUUUGUCUGCUCUUUCGACUGUCGAUUUUUUUUUUAGCGCCAACUGAUGCCGAUCGCCUUCAUCGUCGCAGUUACGCUCAGGUUGCCAAAAAUCGGCGACUGAUUAGCCUAUGUUCCCGGCGGUCGUAUAGUUCUUGAAAGUCAGUCGCCGAAUGUUCUGUGUCGUUGCAAGAUCAACAUCCUUCAGCAAAUAUUUCUUGAAAGUGUAAUCUUGAAAGUGCCCAUCUUGUAUUUCGUAUAACAAAAACUGAAAUCUGAAAUUGUUCACCAUGAGAAGGGUUUUCACAUUCGCAUUAUAUUUAGCCAAAGUAGAAAAUCUUGUUGGUGUCUUUAUAGGAAGGGUUUAGUUUAUUCCUUUUUAGAUGUAAACUUAUAAACUUCUUAAAUCAAGAUAUCUACAUGCUUAUCAACCGUUGAUGGAAAAACGUGUGGAAGCUGGCAAGUUCAUAUCUUGUCGUGAAUUAACGGAAUUAUUACGAAUUUUCUGAAGCUUCUGUAGUGCUCCGGGAAAACUUCUAUUGAUGUCAGCGUAGAUAGGCCUAUACGGCCUUAUAUAAUUGUUGUAUUCAAAUACCUGAAAAUAAUGCCAUCUUGUUGUUAUCCUAAGAUGUCAUCUGUGAUUUCAGUGUAAGACACUUUUAAAGAUAUUUUUACGUUAUGUUGUUAAUUUGCAUAAUUAUGUAUUUGUGCUGCACAUGUACUGAGGUAUCCAUGUAUAAUAGGUUUAUUUGAUUUGAAUAUAUCGAACUCGUUUAAUCUAUUGGGAUUUCGUAUGCAGUAUUUGUUAUUCGGUUAUGGUAACAACACAAAUUGAAUUUUUUUUUUACAAUUUUCCUUAAAGGUUAAAACCUGGCAGAGAUCUAUCGGCGUGAUUUGUAAAUUUUGUAAGUGAUACUGUGUAUGUUAUGUAUUGUGUAUAAUAUCGUUAGUCAAUACUUCGUAGCGUUCAACUCUCUAUUUUUGGUCGGAGGUAGGCCUUAUGAUAUAAACUUUAAAAAGUUAGGGAAACAUCUAAAUUCUGUCAAAUGUGUUUUUUUACACAAAAAGGUUUCUAAAUAUAUUGAAGCUAGUUGUAUGUAUAAGAAUUAUGUACAAUAAGCGCCACCUUCAAACCCCAUUGUAAAUAGGUGGCUAACGCAUUGGAGGAACAAAUAAAAAGAAAACAGAUUCUUACGGAGGCCUAAUAUUUGGGUGACAUGAUUAUUCAUGUUUAUGUUUUGGGUGGGGUUUCAAAACAAAGUUCACUCGCAUACUUCCAGGUGUCGUAGGCAAUGUAGACUCCUGCAAAACCCGUUUAUUUUAUUGACUGUAAUUUUAAUGUAGAGUUGACCAUUUGCAGCUAUUCAACUUGUAACCGAACAAAUUAUUAAUAAAAAGUGUAGGCCCAACUUGAUAAAAAAUAGUAACGACA